UUCUGAAACAUUAAACAAUUGGAGUAUUUGUACAAUAUAGAGUUCUUUACAUUACCUUCACGAUUGGAAAGAUUCUAAAGAAAGAAAUAUUAAUGAAAAUUCGUAUCUAGAUUGAACACAGUAUUAUUAACUUACCUUUUUCGAAAAGGAUCAUAUUCGCAAGUUGCCUUUAGGAUAUCAUUCAAGAGGCAUAGAUUAAUAUUCAAGAAAUAUUCUUCGCUUAGUUGGCAGUAGAAAUAUAUGGAUGAACUAAGUAACAUAAUUGUAUACUUAUAACAAUUUUAUUAAAUUUGAAUUUAAUUCUAAUAACAAACAGAGUGAGCGUUAAUUUUUUUUUUACUUUGACAAUUGACAUAUUACGAAAUACAUGUGAGCAAAUCCAACCAAUCAUAACACGACGACGUGGCGUUUCUUCAAACCACACACUACUGUUUUGGAAGGCGGCACAGUCUCUAGCGAAGUGUGAUCUGAGUAGGAAGCAAGUUGGUUGAAAACAGUUUUUUUGUAAUUGUGAUUAUUGAAUAUGAAACAUUCAAUCGUUCAAAUUGCCACAUUAUAUUUACUAUGGAAAAAGAGAAAAGAGAAGAAGAAAAAGAGGAGAAUGUGGGUACAUGCAAUCGUAGAGGAGAGAAAAUCGAAAGGACAAUUCACAAAUUUGUUUUUUGAAUUAAGGAAGGAUGAGGAAAAAUUUUUCAAUUAUAUGAGAAUGUCAAUUAGUUCGUUCGAUGAAUUGCUCAACACUAUGAAAAAUAACAUAACUAAAACAAAUACUCGUAUGAGAACAUGCAUUUCCCCAGAAGAAAAAUUAGUUAUCACUCUCACAUAUCUUGCUACCAGAUGUUCCUUAACAGAUAGUGUAGAUACACUAUAA